CGCUUGGCGCCAACUGCUGAUCUCUCCAGCUGGCGCCAACCUCGCGGGUCUCCUGGCGGCGCGCGCUCGCUCCCUCCUCGGCUCCAGUAUGAUUGGCCAGAAGACGCUCUACUCCUUCUUCUCCCCGAACGCCUCCGGGAAGCGACGUGCCUGCAGCCCCGAGCCAGACGACCCGGGGACUGGCGUGACUGCAGUAGUCGAGAAUGGGGAUGUGACGGCCAGCUCCGUCAAGAAGAUCCGGACAGGGCAGGAGGAGCCCGGCACACCGCCCUCAUCGCCACUAAGCCCCGAGCAGUUGGCCCGAAUCCAGAGAAACAAGGCCGCCGCGCUGCUCAGGCUUGCAGAGCGCAACGUGCCGGUGGGUUUUGGUGAGAGUUGGAAGAAGCACCUCAGCGGCGAGUUCGGGAAACCAUAUUUUAUAAAGCUUAUGGGAUUUGUUGCAGAAGAAAGAAAACGUUACACCGUUUACCCCCCCGCACACCAAGUCUUCACAUGGACCCAAAUGUGUGACAUAAGAGAUGUUAAGGUGGUCAUCCUGGGACAGGAUCCAUAUCACGGACCCAAUCAAGCUCACGGGCUCUGCUUUAGCGUUCAGAGACCUGUCCCGCCCCCGCCCAGUUUGGAAAACAUUUAUAAAGAGCUCUCUACAGACAUAGAGGGCUUCGUUCAUCCUGGUCAUGGAGAUUUAUCUGGAUGGGCCAAGCAAGGUGUUCUCCUGCUCAACGCUGUGCUUACGGUCCGGGCACAUCAGGCCAAUUCGCACAAAGAGAGAGGUUGGGAGGAGUUCACCGACGCAGUUGUGUCCUGGCUCAACCGGAACGCCAACGGUCUGGUCUUCUUGCUCUGGGGCUCUUAUGCUCAGAAGAAAGGCAGUGCCAUUGACAGGAAGCGGCACCACGUGCUGCAGACAGCGCACCCCUCCCCGUUUUCUGUGUGCAGAGGGUUUUUCGGAUGCAGACAUUUCUCCAGAACCAAUGAGCUGCUGCAGAAGUCCGGCAAACAGCCCAUCAACUGGAAGGAUCUGUGACCAUGACCCCGGGGUUGGGGGGUCUCUGAGCAGUUUUCUAGAAGCUGCUGUCGAAGUAUCUGUUGGUUAUGAAGUCAAAUUGAAAUUUUUUCCGCUGUAAUUCUUAAGCACCAUGCAGAAGGGAACAGUUUCAGUAUAGCAGCCACAAGGUGGCGGCUUUAUCUAGCCAGGAACACAAAGAUCACCCUGCCACCUGGGGUCUGGAAUCUGCUGGGCCUGGGUCAAGGAUCUUGGAAUGGAGUUGAGGUCAAAAGGUCUGGAUUCCUCGCCUGUAUUCUUAGUUUUAUGGUUAAAGCCAGGAGAUAAGCACCUUUUUGGUACAGGCAGUUGUUCCUUUUUUUUUACUUGGUAGGUUUAGUCUUUAGGUUUUAAGCUGUUGGGUGUUUUUAUCUGGAAAGGCCCCCUUUUCCCAGCCUGGCAUUCCUGUCUCCAUCAGGCACACUGCCCUGUCACCUUUCAGAGAUCCCGCAGGAAGCCUGAAGAGGUUUUGCAAGUUCCUAGAAAUUAGGGAUUGAUUCCCUGACUGUGAUAGAGGCAGAGUUGCUAAGAAACCAUCCUUGGUGUAAACCUUCACUGAUAGUCAGAAGCUGGGGAAAGGGAGCUGGAUCUUGUCUAUGCUGUUACUUUUUGGGUGUUUCUAGGAAUAAACUAUAGAAAUUCAGCUGGAAGGAGGAGAAAGGGUUUCUUCUUUUUUCUUUGUUUUUUAAGAGCAGAUGCUUUUUUCCUAGAUGCAUUGGAGCUGGGGUUUUAGAGCCAGCAUACACUGCCAAUGCUGGGUUUUGGGCAUUUUGUAUGUGUGGGGGGAUUUGUACUGAAAUCACUGGGUUUUUGUUUUUAAUAUUAACACUGGUGAAUUUUGCUUUUUCAAGAAAUGCUUAUGCAAAUAUGUGUGUGUAUAUAUAUAUAUAUAUUUUUAAGUCUUUUUUUUUUAAGAGACAGUCUUUAUUAGGCACCUCCAUCCUAGGUCCUGUUAGAGAUGAUGUUUUGCUAUUAGCUGGGUUAAAGUGUUAACCUUGGCUAAGUUUGGUAAUAAAAGAUGGUUGAAGUUUCA